GUAUGCGCCAUUGUGACACCGAAAUCACACGGAGCGAAGGUAAGAAGUCUUCGCUGGUGUGCGGAUUCGAUGGUAUGGACAUUUGCAGUGAACAUUAGUCAUAGAAUUUAUGGAUUAUGUUAUGAAAAAGAAAUCUAUAAAAGAAACUACUGCACGAUGAUAUAACCGGCUCGCCAGUGUGUGUGUGGUGUGUGCUGCGCAUUGUGUACACUGUCUCUCGUCCAUGGCUCGUGCGGUGGUGAUGAUGCUUACGGCCGUGUGCCUCAGCGUAGCGUUCCAACAUGGACGGCGGCAAGUUCAGGCGCAAGUGUUAAACACACGAGUGUCAGAUCACGAUCUAAAUCCCAUUCCUCAGCAUGAUCUGUGUGAACCUAUUACAGUUCCUCUGUGUAAAGAUAUAGAAUAUAACCAAACCAUGAUGCCAAACCUGCUUAACCACCAGAAACAAGAAGAUGCCGGCCUCGAAGUUCAUCAGUUUUUCCCAUUAGUGAAGGUAAAGUGUAGUCCAGAUUUACAGUUCUUCCUGUGCUCUAUGUACACUCCUGUUUGCACCAUCUUGCCGCACCCUCUUCCCCCCUGUCGCUCCCUGUGUCAGUCAGCACGGAAUGGUUGUGAAGGGUUGAUGAAUAAGUUUGGAUUCCGCUGGCCUGAAACUCUGGAAUGUGAAAAGUUUCCAGAAGCUGGAGGAGCAGAACUUUGUGUCGGUCAGAAUGACACUGAAAAGUCUAGCCGCUCGGCUACUUCUUCACCAUUUCCUCAUGGUAGCUUUGAGAAUAAACCGUCUUCAGGUAAGGAAUUUGUUUGUCCUGCAGAAUUUCGGGUUCCUAAAGGACUCGACUAUAUUGUUCGAGUUGGAAAAAAGAAGGAAAAGAACUGCGGAUUACCUUGUUAUGGUAUGUUCUUUAGAGACGAAGAGCGGAAAUUUUCGAGGAUAUGGAUAGGUACAUGGGCUGUUUUGUGUAUGAUAUCUACACUUUUCACGGUUCUUACGUUCGUUGUUGACAUGAAGAGAUUCCGAUAUCCGGAGAGACCCAUAAUUUGUUUGUCUCUUUGCUAUUUCAUGGUAGCAUUGACAUAUGUAGUUGGGUUCCUCCUUGGGGACGAGGUAGCGUGUAACAAACCCUUUGACCCACCAGAAACAAAGUCUGGAGUCAAGAUGAUUAGUACGAUCACUCAAGGUAAUAAAAAAGAAAGCUGCACUAUACUGUUUAUGAUGUUGUAUUUCUUUAGUAUGGCCAGCUCCAUUUGGUGGGUGAUUCUGACUCUCACCUGGUUUCUGUCAGCAGGUCUAAAGUGGGGUCACGAAGCCAUUGAGAAGAAUUCACAUUACUUUCAUGUAGCAGCAUGGACGAUUCCUGCCAUCAAAACUAUUACCGUUCUCGCCAUGGCUAAAGUGGAAGGAGACAUUUUAAGUGGUGUUUGUUAUGUGGGGCUUUGGGAUGUCGAGGCACUGAGAGGCUUUGUUUUGGCCCCUUUGUUUUUCUACUUAGGAUUAGGAUCAGUUUUCUUGUUGACAGGUUUUGUUUCUUUAUGUCGUAUCCGUACUGUUAUGAAGCAUGAUGGAACGAAGACAGAUAAGCUUGAAAAAUUAAUGAUCCGUAUUGGGAUCUUCUCGGUGCUCUACACUGUACCUGCCAUCAUAGUUUUAGCCUGCUACUUUUACGAGCAGACUUACUUUGAGUCUUGGAUGUUUUCAUGGCAACAUGAAAAUUGUCAGAAACCUCAGUAUAGUAUCCCGUGCCCCUCAAAGGACUCGUUGAAAGCAUAUGGAUACUGGCCUAAACCAGAUUUUGCUGUUUUUAUGAUCAAAUACCUGAUGACUUUAGUUGUGGGCAUAACUUCUGGCUUCUGGAUAUGGUCAGGAAAAACUUGUAACUCCUGGCGAAACUUUUAUCAUCGAAUUUUCGGCCACGAAGCCUAUGUCUAGAGAGACCUGGACAUUAUUUUGAGACAUUCUUUAAACUAUAUCAUAGAAAAGUGUUAUAUCCUAAAAAAGAAAUCUCUUUUUACGAACAAAUGGAAUUUUUGGUGUUAUGCCUUUUUAAGAAGUAUUUUGUAUUACAACUGUAUGUGUGAUAGUGAAACCAAUCACUUCUGUGUUAGCUGUGGUCUAAGUCUAAUACAUUGUACUUUAUGAUCAGUAAGAAACUGGACAGGUUAUAGAAAAGGUUUCUCGUAGUAGCGAAUCUUAAAAAAAGAAAAGAAAAGGGUGUACAAUGUAUUAUAUUAUUAUUAGUGUUUCCUUUUUUCAUUAAGUGGUGUAACAUAAGUCUUUAAUGUAUAUAAACUUGAGUGCUGUACAUAUGGCAUAAAGUUGGCGAUGUAUAUUCUGUCAGUUGCAUUCAACUUUAAAAUGUUUGUUUUCUCGUAUUGAAAAUCUUUUCAGAUACAUACUCAAUGUAAUAUAUAAUAAAGUCCAUCUGUGUGAUACUGAUUCUUUUCCCAAUAUACUUUCUCACAUUCUAGCUCCGCUGUAUAUAGAAACACGUUUACAGUUAAUUGAAAAUUAAGUUUGUAUCACGGAUAAUUAAUUAGUAACGUCGUUUGCUGAUUUUAGACGUGUUAUUAGAGAUGUUUUUUUUUUCUUUUCUUUUACAGAAGUUAACUUAAAAACGGUUAAAUUCUGAACACAGCAAAAGUAUUGGAUAAUUAUCAAUCGAAUAUUAACUUUCACUGACUGCUUUGGGCAUAGAGAUUGAAUAAAUGCUAACUAAAUUGCUUUUUUUAUGUCAAAAGACUCCUGUAGUCCAUAAAAAAACAAAGUGAAAGGUAAUGGAUAUAUUACUAUCUUGUGUUUUUAACAUGAUCCCGUUAAAUAGGCUGUGCUAAUUUUAAACGUAUCUCAGCCCAACAUCAUGUUAUGUGAGAUGUGAAAUUGAGAUGUUAUUUCCUUCUCAAGAAAAUAAACAUACAACAUAAUUAAAUAUAUAUAUAUAUAUUUAGUUUUCAUUCAUGGAAAAAUAUGAUAAUUGUACGGUACUACAGAAAUUUUGAAUAUCAUUUUAGGUUUAAAUUUUUACAUUGGUAUACAUUUAUGAAAUAAGAAUAAAGAUUAUUUGCCCUUAACAACUAUAAUAAAUCUAUGUAUGCGAUAAAUUAAAUUUCGUUCAUUCUUUACUCGUAACUUAACUAACCUCAUUUGCUUUCUUUUUAGAUAUACCAUUAUUAACUUUCUGUAAUAAUUAUGAAUGUUCUUUAGUUAUUCAUUUAGAGUAAAAUAUAUAUACAUUUAAUAAAGUUACUGUUUAAGGGUUAAGUAUUAGAAUGUUUACAAGACCAGUAGAACAACAGUUCUAUACAAAUAUAUAAGUUUUGCGUUUACAUAAGUUCUAGACAGCAGUGAUUAUGCUUGUAUAAACUAGAGACAAUAUUUAUUUUUUGAGACACUUGUUAUCACAAUUUGGUAUGGGGAGUUUCAUCCAUUUUACAAAAUUAUUUGCAUUGUUACAGCUGUCCCCCGGUAAGGUCAGCGGUAAGUUGUCGGACUAAGCAUGCUAAAAUCUGGGGUUCGAUUUCUCACGGUGAAGAGAGCACAGAUACUAAUAGCUCAUAGUGUAGGUUUGCGCUAGAAAACCAACAACAUCUUGUUACAGCUAAAGUUUAAUAUGUUCUAGAGAGCGUUUAUCAUCAUAUACACUUAUAUGGGUUUUUUCGUUCGUUCAAAUUCUCACUUGUAACGUUCUAGUAGAGCUUUCUUCAAGUAAAAUGUAAGUUUAGAACGUAUUAUUGUUUACGAAUUUGUAGAAUAACUUGUCAGCUAGAUCAACUACUUUCUAAACACUAAUAUAUUUAUUGGUACAAAACAAAAACAUCCGAUAUUGAGUAACAAUGAUUGUUCAUACAUAAUUUAUAACUCAUUAAUCAGAAUAUGAAAAUGGUAAAAAAAAAAAAGAAUUGGUAAGAUAAAUUAAGUGUUGGGCUAAGCCAGAAUGUGUAUAAUGCAUUAUGUAAGCCCAUUAACCAA